AUGCGCCAUCUUCCAUUCUACUUUCUGCUUCUACAUGCACUUUUCGCAUCAAGCCAGGACCUCCCACAAACCCUAACCCACCCGCCUCCAACACCAACCACACCACAUGCAACAUUGGAACAACGCGCAGGCACCGUCAUCAUAGUCACAGUCACAGUGACGCCUUCGACUGUACCUAUCACUCCAUCCUAUACCAAUCCUGUAAUCUUCGAAAAUGACAUCCUCAAUCAAACCAAUUACUAUCGUCGACAACACAAUGCUAGUACUCUGAUAUGGAACGAGACGCUGGCAGCCUACGCGAAACAAUGGGCUGAGCCGUGUGAUUGGAAGCAUUCAGGAGGCCCCUACGGUGAAAACCUCGCCGAAGGCUACACAAACGUCACAUCCGCGAUCGAUGCAUGGGCCAUCGAAAGCAAAGAAUACAAAUACUCCCCACCUACUGGCUUCAGUGAGAAGACAGGUCAUUUCACCCAAUUGAUAUGGAAGGCUACGACGGAUGUUGGAUGUGGUGUUGCGGACUGUUCAGCGAAUGAUGAUGACAACACCAGGGGGAAAGCGGUUGGGUGGUUUUUGGUGUGCGAGUAUUGGCCGCCUGGGAAUGUGGUUGGUGAUCAUAAUGAGUAUUUUAAGGAUAAUGUUAAGCCGGUAGUUUCCUUGGGUGUUAGAUUAAAAGUACAUGGGUUUGGUGUUUGGUUGAUGUUUGGUUUUGCGGAGGCGUUUCUUCAAUUGCUUUGA